AUGAGCUACCAAUCCUACCUGAAGUCCACGGCGACCUUUACGAACAAGACUCCCUCGCCGGGCUCUAUCCACCGGAAACCUCCUCCAGCCUCAGCCCCGUCCAUCACGCCUUCGGGCUCAUCAAUCCGGAGCAGUGUCACCAGAAAUGAUACCCCAACUUCCACCGUCCCCGUUCCCUUUACGCCUGCAUCAUCCACCAGUUCUCCUGCAAGACCGGCGGCCUCCACACCACUUCCAUCGGUGGUCUCGAGCGCUGCACACCAGGAUAGUGCUCGUACACCAUUGACGAAGGAGCAGAUCGAUGCUGCAGUGAGGAUAUGUUUGGAUCUACAGAACACUGCCACAAGCUUACACGACAAACGGCCAUUUGCAGCCUUACUUCUUGGGUCUGACAACAGCACUAUUCUUCUCUCCCACUACUCCAUCUCCCACGUCCAGCACGCAGAGACUGAACUUGCUCGGCUGGCCGCCAUCCACUUCUCCCAAAAAUAUCUCGCCUCCUGCACCUUGGUGUCAACAUGGGAGCCAUGUGCAAUGUGUACAGGGACAAUAUACUGGAGCAACAUUGGACGCCUGGUGUAUGCUGCCGGCGAGGAAAAGCUCAAAGGCUUAACCGGCGGAAACAAUGAGGAGAACAUGACAAUGUCGCUGCCGUGCCGGGAGGUGCUGAAGCACGGUCAGAAGGAUGUGGAGGUGAUCGGACCUAUAAGCGGCUGGGAGGAGACCGUUAUUGAAGAGAGUGGAAAAUGGUGGAAGGAGCAGGCCCGAGAGAACGCUGGAAGGGUGAGAGGAGGUAGCGUGAAUGGAACCGACAAGCCAGGAAGCCUGUCAAGUGUGCGACACGGGACUCCAACCACGUGGACUGGGGAAGAGACGGUUCUCAGCAGUAUUGAUGACGAAGGGGAGUACAAGGCGGAGCUUGAUAUUGACUGGAUGAGGUAG